CCGACCUGGUAGUGAUUUGAUGAAGUGAAUGCGACCAAAAAAGCAGCGCUUUGGUCCCCUCUCCUUCUCUUCCACAUUCCUUGUGAAGAGUUCCGCCUACAAAUAUGGGAAACCUUCCUAAGCUUUCUUCCACCUUCUUCUUCCUCUCAUUUUCCUCUUCCUCUUCCUCCUUCAAACUUGCUGACUUUUCUAACUUUAUUCUUUGACAUUUAUAAUACAGAUCUCUCUUCUUCAUUCAAUACACACACAAUACAAUACCAAAAUACAAGAUUAAUAAUAUUGUUUCUUGCUAACCGUAAACCUUAGUUCAUCAGGUUGAAUCUUUUAUACAAGGAAUACUUACUUACAUCUAUGGGAGAAGCUCCAGCUUUCUUUGCUGAUAGUCUCUUGGGAGAUUUUCCAAAUGGGGUCGAUUUGAAAUCAAAAGGCCACAAAACAGCUAUUUGUAUCGGGUCUAAAAUUUAUGUGAUUGGCGGGGCUGAUCAUGAAUCGACAGCGGUCAUUGGAGUUCAAAUCUUUGAGAAAUCUAGUGGGGAAUGGAUAAACCCCACUGUACUGGGUACUAAACCCAAGGUGUCAAAUGGCCACUCAGCUGUUCUUUUAAAUGGUGAUCGUAUAUUGGUUAUUAAGGGAAAUUCCAAGUCUGAUGGAUGCUUUUGGUUUCUUGAGGUGGGCACCCCAUUUAUAAGAGAACAGGAAAAGACACAUGGGAAUGAGGUGGUUGCCUGGAGUAAGGGAGUUUUAGGUAAUGUGGAGAAGCCUAUUGUCAUCAGUGGCCCUUCUGGAGUGGGGAAGGGUACCUUGAUAUCUGAACUAAUGAAAGAGUUCCCAUCUAUGUUUGGAUUUUCUGUGAGCCACACAACCCGGGCACCAAGAGAAAAAGAGCAGAAUGGAUUUCAUUACCAUUUCAGUGACCGCAGUGUAAUGGAGAGAGAGAUAAAGGAUGGGAAAUUCCUGGAGUUUGCUUCUGUUCAUGGUAAUCUUUAUGGAACCAGUGUCGAAGCAGUUGAGGUGGUUGCUGAUGCUGGCAAGAGAUGCAUCCUCGAUAUUGAUGUUCAAGGUGCAAGGUCUGUGAGAGCUAGCUCUCUUGAUGCUAUUUUCAUUUUUAUAUCUCCACCAUCAUUUGAAGAACUUGAGAAGCGCCUUCGUGCAAGAGCAACUGAGACUGAAGAGCAAAUCCAAAAGCGUCUCCGAAAUGCUAGGGCGGAACUUGAACAAGGAAAAUCAUCAGGCCUCUUUGAUCAUAUUUUGGUGAACGAUGACCUAGAAAGUUGUUAUGAGAAUCUUAAGAACAUCUUGGGUCUCACUGAAGGUGUGAAGACUGCUCAUAAAACAUAUCCAGAAUUAGUCGACUUGCCUGUUGAACAUUUAGUCUCGAAGAUUGAUCAGAAGAUUUUAAUUAACUGUGGUGCUGGAGAAUAUCAAAAGGCAUCAGAUAACAUGUAUGUUCUGGACUUGUCUUUGCUCAAAGGAGGGGCCCCAGGACGGACACGAGGACUAAAUCUAUUUGUCACCAAUCCUUCCACUGAUAGAGUAAAUGGCGACAAUCAGCUGAGCUAACCUACCACCCCUGGUUUCAAUAAUUGUUUUUCACUUCUUACAUCUCUAUAGGGUCGAGCCCUUGAAGAGAACCACAAUUUGACUACGUGAUAUCUUACUUGGAUAGCUUGAACUGUUUAGUCCCUAAUACAGCUAUUAAACGAGAAAUGAUUUCUAAUUGAUUCGAAAAUUGUAGGUUAGCAGCCUGAACUAUUGAAAGCCUAAGAUAUGUAACUGUUCUACUCAAUGAUUACAUAGAGCAAGAAUGAGUAUGUUGGAUGUAAUUCUUUCAGCUUUUUCUAUAGCUUAUUCAUAUAUCUUUUUUU